AUGUCAAGCUACAAGUACGAAUACCUCGUCACUGUCCCCGACCACGUCGACGGAGGACUACAGAAACGCAUUGAUGCCCGACCCACUCACCUCAAGAACUUGACACCACGCGUCCAGUCCGGCCAGGUUGUGUUUGGAGGUGCUUUUCUGGGCAGCCAGCCUGAAGAAGGUGCUCGCCAGAUUAGAAGUGUGAUGCUCAUCAAGGCCAACAGCGAGGAAGAGGUCAGGAAGAUCGUUGAAGAGGACGUCUAUGUCCAGGCUGGCGCAUGGGAUCUGAGCAAGAUGACCAUUUUACCCUUCAAGUGCGCGGUGAGGACUCCGCUGUAA